UGACUCGUGCCAUUGAUGCGCGCAGCUGUGCCGGUGCUAAUCAAAGGCAUCCUCGAUGAACCAGGAUAACAUGUACAAUGUGAUACUAUACAGUUCAUAUUAUUUUUAAAUAUUGUUAAUAGAAGUCGCAUUUGAUUCUUUGAAAUAGAAACUAUUUCAAUAAUUACGCUGAGUUGGAUCAUCUUUCAGAUGCAUGCAGCUGUCGGACAUUUAGUCAGCGCUCGCUUGAGUCAUCUUUCUGAAUCGCAUAGCUGCUGAUUUUGAUUAGCCAGCGCUAAUGUUAUCCCGAAUAUCUUUGAGAUAUAUGAUACAAAUAGAUUCGUAUUUUUUCUCAACUGUUGUAUUUUUACACGUGUUCCGUGAUAUCAUCGCAACCGUUCUAAGAUUACAUUUUUCUGGCGCGCGCUCGAGAUAUAUUAUCCCCAAUACCUUUGAAAAAUAUAAUAUAAAUGGACAUUAAAAUUUUUGUUACUACAGCUGUACAUUGACGUUAUUAAAAAUGAAAGAUUUGCAUUUUUGUGUUUUAUGACUUCACCGUUGACAAAAAGUGGUGGGGAGGAUCUGUAUUUAAAUCAGAUCUGGCAUAGAAAUAAUAUCUCAGUCGCUCUACAUCAGUUAUAAGCACAGGCACGAUGAAUUAUUACGCUGCAAAUGAAGCAUGCAAGAAACAGUGCAAUGAUUUUGAUAAACCUCGUCAUACGCCUCGUAUCCUGGGGCGCAGAUUUGCGUUGACUGCGACAGGUUAUAAAUAUUUGGAUGUUGGAAUCAGCGUGGGACCGGUGUCUCAUGUGCAAAUCAUUCUUGCUGAUAAUCGAGGAAAUCAAUUAAUAUUGCCUCGUGCGACAUGGGCAGCGUUCAUCGAAAGACGUGAAGCUGUGGAACGAUUUUUACCAUCGAACAUCGCCUCAUCGCUGUCGAUUCGCGAGUUGGUGAUUGAGCGUGUUAAGAUGUACGAUGAAAACAUGAUAAAAUUAACAUUACACAGAAACUACUUGUACAUGAAACCUCAAACUUUAUUAUUUCUAUUCGAAAUCGAAACUUGUGUAGACCUUGUAUAUUUUGAAUUAUGCCAGAAUACGCAUAUUGUAGGUGAAAAAUAUAAGACCUUCGUAAAUACUAUAAAAUCCAAUUGUAUUAUUGAUAGGCGUGAUGCAAUUAAAAUCUUACAUAAAGUUUCAGAUAAAACUUCGCUUAUUGAUGGUGAAUUAUUAGCUUUUGCUAUGGAUAAUAUUUUAUAUGAUGCGUUACCAUAAUGUACAUGUUACGAUAAAUAUAUAUGUUUCGGAUCGACUGAGGAAAGCCUCAGGCCGAAACGUAUCCCGGAACCGCCUCACGUGAGACGCGAAGUGAUAAGUG